ACUUGGAGAUGCUGUUUGUGUCAGUAAAUAAAGCAGAAGAACCAUGAUACACUAGAUGCAACAGUCUCUAGGAGCUGGGUCAGAUAAAAGGCAGAAAAAUGGAGGAGGACAUUAAAAAAAGGGGGAUACUGUACCUACAGCAGCAGAGGUUUGGGAAGAAAUGGCGAAAGGUCUGGUCCGUGCUGUACCGAGAAAGCUCCUGCUCUAUCUCUCGUCUUGAGUUUUUUGAGUUUAAAGAUGGAGCUGGCAAUACACUGGAGAAACCCAACCGUAAACAGGACAACAAAAAGGUGAUAAAGUUGAAUGAUUGCAUUCGCGUGUCAGAGGCUGAUGUCGAAGGCUGUCCAAGGGACUGUGGACCCUUUUUGGUGGAGACAACCGAAAAGACAUUUGUUUUUGCUGUUGAGAGAGCUGAACUAGAAGACUGGAUGCAGCAACUCUGUGAAAUCGCAUUUCCGAUGAGCUGGACAGAGAGAGGAACAACGAGAGGAAACAGUUUACAUUCUGAUCCUGCUGAUGUCACAAUGUCGGACAACACCCUCUACUGCAGCAGAGAAACUGCAAUGAAAGACUUCAAGGUGUCAGUGAGGCGCACAGAGGCUUCUGAAAGAUGUGGCCUGAAAGGACUGCUGUUGUUACGGACUGAUUUUGAUAGCCUCCUUCUGAAAAAUCCUAAAACAGGAGAGGUUCUCUACUCCUGGCCCUACCGUUUCCUCCGCAGGUUUGGACGUGACAAGACAACAUUCUCCUUUGAGGCUGGGCGAAGAUGCGACUCUGGGGAAGGCAACUUUGAGUUUGACACAAAGCAAGGAAAUACCAUCUUCCAAUUUGUAGAGGCUGCAAUCAAUCUACACAGAGCCAAUUUGCCUCAAAAUCAGUUAUCAAGUGGGGAACGAGAACCUGUGCCCUCUACUCCUCGAGUGAAAGCUCCAGUAGAUAAUACCAGUAUCUACAGUAUGGUGUCUGAAGGAGCAUUUAGGGAUGGUACCCAACAACCAAAACAGAACCCCCAGCAAUCCAGACCUGAAGCCCCAACAGAGAAGCUUCUCACAGGGGUUAAGAGUCUGACCCUGGACACCAGGCCUCCACCACGAAAAAGCCAGGUGAAGAACUUCAGAAGUUGUCCUUUGGCCAACACUGAAGAUGAGAUGUAUUCCCGGGCUAUGGCACCGGGUCCUGACCGUGGGAGUCCAGGUGAGAAGGGAGACCAAAAAGACAGACGUUCCACCUGCUCCAACCCUGAGGACUCUGACUACUCUCUGCCAUUUGACACCAUUGCCAAGAAUGUUAUGGUAGAUAUUUUGGCAGCAUCCAACCUACCAAUCACUUUAGUGGAGUCCAGUUGUAAAAAUGAGAAAAAAGGCAUUGUAGAAAGCACAGAACCCCUUUAUGACAGUAUCGAUGAAAUGGCCAUCAGAACGUGUUUCUCACAUGGACCAAAGAAACACUCUUCCACUUACAAACGUGUGGAGCACAUCUAUGAUGAGCCAGAAGGUUGUGGUGUGGCCACAAGUGGUCCUCCGUCACUCUAUGAUGAACCAGAGGAGGUAAAAGGUCAUGCCUGGAAGAUGCUGGGUACAGUAAUGGAUCCGGGUGGUCAUGAGUAUCCGUACAAUGCUUGUGUCGACGACUAUGCGGUUCCUAAACCUCCCAGAAGGGCUUUGCUGCCAGAACAGAAAGACAAUGAUGAAGAUGACAGUUCACCAUAUGAUAAUAUCAUGGUGAGAGUAACGCAAAAGAAUAACUAAGGACUUCUUCAAAAUCUUUUAUAUCAGUAUCCUAAUGAUUGGUGAUGCUCAGUUAUGUUUGGCAUUACCACUACAGAGGACACAGUAGAGAAAUGUGAAUUAGUGAGUGAGUGAGUAAAUUAAUGAAUGAAUGAAUAAGCUAAUUAAUGAAUGAAUAAAUGAGUGCAUGGAUAAAGGAGUGAUUGAGUUAAUGAGAGAGAGAGAGUGAAUAAGUGAAUGAAUGAGUAAUUGAGUGUGUGAAUGCGUAAAUUAUUGAAUAAAUAAAUUAAUUAAUUAAUGAGUAAACGAGUGAAUGGGUGAGUAAAUUUGUUAAUUAGUAAGUGAAUAAAUAGGUUAAUGAAUGUGUGAAUUAAUGAGUAAACGAAUAUGUGUGUGUGAGUGGGUGAAUGAGUGAUUAAGUAGAUGAGUGAGUGAAUGAAUGAUGAGUGAAUGAGUGAUUCAAUUAGUGAAUUAAUAAGUAAAUUAAUGAAUAAGUAAAUGGGUGUUUGAAUGAGUGUGAGUAAAUAAGUGAAUGUAUGAGUGAGUGACUGAAUGAGUGAGUGAGUUAAUAAUUGAUUGACUAAAUGAUUGGGUGAAUGAAUGAAUGAGUGAAUUAUUGAUUCAAUGAGUGAAUGAAUGCAUGAGUUAAUUGAUUGAGUGAGUAAAUGAUUAGGUGAAAGAAUGCGUGAAUUAUUGAUUAAAUUUACAAGUAAUUGAAUGAAAUAAGUGAAUGAGUGAGUAAAUUGGAGAAUGAAUGGGUGAUUUAAUAAGUAAAUGAAUGAGUGAGUGAGUGAGUGAGUGAGUGAGGUGAGUGAAUAAAUCAAAUAUUUAACCAACAAAAUGAGCAGAAUGGACAAUACUUAUCAGGGUGUUUUACUGUUAUGUGAUAGCAGUGAUGUGCACCUUAAAGACUAGAUUGAAAAUCACAUUGGUCCAUUUAAUAAACUCCACUGGACUAAAAUGGGACAUGAAAAACUCCACUCCAAACAUUAAAGCUCUGUAUGUCCUAGUAGCAACCAAGCAUAUACAGUGUACUACUAUGACCUUCGCUAUCUACAAAGACAUGGUUGAUUUUAUCAGCUUGUAAAUUCAAUAGUAAUUUGGUUCAACACGGGGCACUAUUAGCCCUUCUUCUCUUCCUUUUCUUGCCCUUAUUCAAAAGGACUCUGCUGUGACACACAGGUAAUUAAAUUCCUGCAGAUCUCUCCCUAAAUGGAUGAUGCCCAUCACUUAAUCUUCUGCUUCUAAUCGUUGAGUAGGGAGUUCCGCAGAGUGUCAAGGUGUUAUUCAGGGCAGACUUGGACUCUCCCUCUCACGGGCUUCCUAUUUUGAGGAACACAUGAAUAAUUAUAACUCGACUUGCUGAGGAAAACUGGGGCACUGUUAGGAUGCUGCCAGGCUCCCUGCCUGCAAGGGCUCAUGAGUCCCACAUAGACUUAAGACUUUUAAAAGCCUAAAACACUUUACAGUUCUCAUCCAUUCAGUUGCUGUGUCUUGUUUCAAAAUGUUCAAAGAAUAUCAAUUACAAUAGCUCUGUUUAUUCUGUUCACUUGUAUUUUAAUGCCUGGUACAUGAUGUGAAUUGUUUUUUCGUUACUAUAAAUUACUUUAUCCAUAUUUUAAAGCAAUAAUUUACUCCCCCUCCUGUCUUCCAUGGAACUCAAAAGGAGUUAUUUAUAUAAAAAAGUCCAAGCUGCUCUUUUCAAUGGAAGUACAAUGAAAGUGAAUGGUGACCACAACAUGAAACUUGGAAUAAACAUAAUACAUUAGUCA